CUCUCUUCUUGUUUUUGGCUUUGAGUUAAUUUGUCUCUUUCUCUCUUUCUCCUUUUCUUCCAUGUACACACAUUUUUCUAGUAAAGUCCUAAAAGUUUCAUGUGAUGAUGGUUUGAUAACUCUUAUUUUGGAUUGCUUACAAGAGCAUAGUACUUGUAAGUGGAGGUUUGUUUCAGAAAAUGAGAAGCAAGUUGCAGGGAAAGUAUAUUCAGUCUCAACUUUUUAGCUUUCAUGGUGAAAAAAAGUGAAGAAGAUGGAAAUGGGAAGUGGGUUGCUUUUGAGAAAUGAAAAUGAAAGAGAGUUACUGUGAAGAGUUGUGAAGUUUUUUGAAGUUGAAGAAGCAAAUAUGCCAACAGUGUGGUUCUCUUUGAAGAAAUCUUUGCAUUGCAAAUCAGAGCCAUCAGAAGUUCAUGACCCAAAAUCUAGGAAGCAUUUGAGUACAAUCUUGAUAAGAAAAGCAGGGAGGUCAGGUUGUUCAAGGUCUAUAGCAAAUCUAAAAGAUGUUAUUCAUGGAAGCAAGAGACACUUAGAGAAGCCACCAAGUUGCAGCCCAAGAUCCAUAGGAAGCAGUGAGUUUCUUAACCCAAUAACUCAUGAAGUUAUACUGAGUAACUCAAGGUGUGAGCUGAAGAUUACUGGGUUUGGUGGGUUCCAUGAAGGGGUUGGAGGUGGCGGUGGCGGUGGCGGCAAUGGUGGUGGUUACGGUGGUGGUAAUGGUGGUGGUUACGGUGGUGGUAAUGGUGGUGGUGGUGGGUCAACUUUUGUGGGUACUUUAAGGCCUGGGACACCAGGACCUGGAGGCCACUCAACUAUGCAUUAUCUUAAUCCUUCUUUUGUGACUGCAUCAACUCCUCCAAGAAAGACUCCUUUUCUUUCGUCAGAUAAAGAGGGGUCUGGAUUUGGGGUUUCUAAUGUUCAUCAUGGUGCUGUUCAUUCAAGCAACAGAGUUUCUCUUGACAUUGAUUCCAAUGGAUGUUCUACAGUGACUUGCCAUAAAUGUGGAGAGCAGUUUACCAAAUGGGAAGCCGCUGAAGCACAUCAUCUUUCCAAGCAUGCUGUUACUGAACUCGUCGAAGGCGAUUCAUCAAGGAAAAUUGUUGAAAUCAUAUGCCGGACAAGCUGGUUAAAGUCUGAGAACCAUUGUGGUAGGAUAGAGAGAGUCUUGAAAGUUCAUAACAUGCAAAAAACUCUUGCUCGAUUUGAAGAGUAUAGAGAAAUGGUAAAGAUUAAAGCCAGCAAACUCCCCAAGAAACACCCUCGGUGCAUUGCCGAUGGGAAUGAGCUCUUGAGGUUUUAUGGUACAACUGUGGCAUGCUCUCUUGGCCUAAAUGGUUGCUCAAGUUUAUGCAUAUCAGAAAAAUGUUGUGUCUGUCGAAUUAUUAGACAUGGUUUCUCAGCCAAGAAGGAACUCAAAGGUGGAAUAGGUGUAUUUACGACAUCAACAAGUGGAAGAGCUUAUGAAUCUAUUGAAAUUAUCGACAAUGAUCCAUCUAUAAGGAAAGCUCUGAUGGUAUGCAGAGUCAUUGCUGGGAGGGUUCAUAGACCAUUGGAGAACAUACAAGAAAUGGCUGGCCAAACUGGGUUUGAUUCAUUGGCUGGGAAAGUUGGCCUCUACGCAAAUAUUGAGGAGCUCUAUCUGCUCAAUCCUAGAGCUCUCCUUCCUUGCUUUGUGGUAAUCUGCAAAACCUGAUGAAAGAAAGAAAGAAAAAUAACUGCUUACAUUAUAGUUAUCAAGAGAUGUGAAUGCUUUCUGCUCUUUUUUGCCUUUUGGUAGAGUGUUUUUUUUUUUUUUUUUUUUUACCUUCUCUCUGGAAGGAUUUUGAUUUUUCUUUCUAGCGUCUAAUCAAUUGCCAAAAUAUCUGAUUUGUGCAUCUCAGUUUUAAUUGUAUUUGCCUAGCACUAGCCCAACUAAUACUAUUUGUAUUUGUUCCUCUUCA